AGGUCCCGGUGACGGCGGUGGUGGAGGCUGCUGCAUCUUUGGCCACAGACGCAGCUGCUAUUGUUCCCUGGUGGUGUUAGAUAGAUGCUCUUUCUCUCCUUUUAAUCAGAAGCGAACAAUAGCGGGAAAGAGCUUUGCCUCUCUCUACUUGCAAAGAAUUCCCUGCCGGGACUUAACCCCGCCGCGGAGCCAGACCCUUGGAGCGGCGGCUGCAGGCAGCAUGGGACUGCCGGGGAGGCGCUGGGCGUCCGGGAACCCGGGCGCUGCGGGGCCACGUCGGGGCGUCCUGCAGCUGCUCCUGCUGCUGCUGUGCCCAGGUGCCUGCGGGGCUGCGGGGCUAGGCGAAGCGGAGGCGCCCACCAUCUACGUGUGGAAGACUGGUCCAUGGGGCCGAUGCAUGGGAGAUGAUUGUGGUCCAGGAGGCAUCCAAACCAGGGCCGUGUGGUGUGCUCACGUGGAAGGCUGGACAACACUCCAUACAAACUGCAAGCAGGCAGGGAGGCCUCACAACCAGCAGAACUGUUUCAAAGUGUGUGACUGGCACAAAGAGUUGUACGACUGGAAGCUGGGACCCUGGAAUCAGUGUCAGCCUGUGAUUUCCAAGAGCCUGGAGAAACCACUGGAGUGUACUAAGGGGGAAGAGGGCAUCCAGGUGAGAGAGAUAACGUGCAUCCAGAAAGACAAAGACAUUCCUGCGGAGGACAUCAUCUGUGAAUACUUUGAGCCCAAGCCCCUCCUGGAACAGGCUUGCCUCAUUCCCUGCCAGCAAGAUUGCAUCGUGUCUGAGUUUUCCUCCUGGUCUGAAUGCUCCAAGACCUGUGGCAGUGGGCUUCAGCACCGGACUCGGCACGUGGUGGCACCCCCUCAGUUCGGGGGUUCGGGCUGCCCGAACCUGACCGAGUUUCAGGUGUGCCAGUCUAGUCCUUGCGAGGCGGAGGAAAGCUUGUACAGCCUGCAAGUGGGGGCCUGGAGCACCUGCUCCAUGCCGCACCCCAGAGUGUCCAGGCAGGCGGGGCGACGCAGAAAGAACAAAGAGCGGGAAAAAGAGAGAGGCAAAGGGGUGAAGGAUCCGGAGGCCCGAGAACUGAUCAAGAAAAAGAGAAAUAGAAACAGGCAGAACAGGCAAGAGAACAAAUUCUGGGACAUCCAGAUCGGAUAUCAAACCAGGGAGGUUAUGUGUAUUAACAAGACCGGGAAAGCUGCUGAUCUGAGUUUCUGCCAGCAAGAAAAACUGCCAAUAACCUUCCAGUCCUGUGUGAUCACCAAAGAGUGCCAGGUGUCAGAGUGGUCGGAAUGGAGCCCUUGCUCAACAACAUGCCACAAUACCGCAUCCCCCACGGGCAUGCGCGUAAGGACACGGACCAUCAGGCAGUUUCCUAUUGGGAGUGAAAACGAUUGCCCAGAACUCGAGGAAAAAGAGCCCUGUGUGUCGCAAGGAAAUGGAGUUGCUCUUUGUGCCACGUAUGGCUGGAGAGCUACGGAGUGGACAGACUGCCGUGUGGACCCUUUGCUCAGUCAGCAGGACAGGAGGCGGGGCAACCAGACCUCCCUGUGCGGAGGAGGUGUGCAGACCAGAGAGGUGUACUGUGUGCAAACCAAUGAAAAUCUCCUCUCCCACCUAAGAACCCAUAAGGACAAAGAGGCUUCAAAACCAGUGGACUCAAAAUUAUGCACUGGCCCUGUCCCAAAUACUACACAGCUGUGCCACAUUCCUUGCCCAAUCGAAUGCGAAGUUUCACCCUGGUCAGCUUGGGGGCCGUGUACUUAUGAAAACUGCAAUGACCAACAAGGAAAAAAAGGCUUCAAACUAAGAAAGCGGCGUAUUAUCAAUGAGCCCACUGGAGGCUCAGGGGGAACAGGAAACUGCCCUCACUUACUGGAAGCCAUUCCCUGUGAAGAGCCAUCCUGCUAUGAUUGGAAAGCCGUGAGGCUUGGAGACUGUGAACCGGACAAUGGCAGGGAAUGCGGGCCAGGCACUCAAGUUCAAGAGGUGGUGUGCAUCAACAGUGAUGGAGAAGAAGUGGACAGACAGCUGUGCAGAGAUGCCAUCUUCCCCAUCCCUGUGGCCUGUGAUGCCCCGUGCCCAAAGGACUGUGUACUCAGCGCAUGGUCUACAUGGUCUUCCUGCUCACACACCUGCUCAGGAAAAACAACAGAAGGGAAACAGAUACGUGCGCGUUCUAUUCUGGCCUAUGCAGGCGAUGAAGGAGGAGUCCGCUGUCCCAACAGCAGUGCUCUACAAGAGGUGCGCAGCUGUAAUGAGCAUCCGUGCACUGUGUACCACUGGCAAACCGGUCCCUGGGGCCAGUGCAUCGAGGACACCUCAGUGUCGUCCUUCAACACAACGACAACUUGGAAUGGCGAGGCCUCCUGCUCUGUUGGCAUGCAGACACGAAAAGUCAUCUGUGUGCGAGUCAACGUGGGCCAAGUGGGACCCAAAAAGUGCCCUGAAAACCUUCGACCUGAGACCGUGAGGCCGUGUCUCCUUCCUUGUAGGAAGGACUGUAUUGUGACUCCAUAUAGUGACUGGACACCAUGCCCCUCCUCGUGCAAAAAAGGGGACUCCGGAGUCAGGAAGCAAUCUCGGCAUCGGGUCAUCAUUCAGCUGCCAGCCAAUGGAGGGCGAGACUGCACAGAUCCUCUCUAUGAGGAGAAGGCCUGUGAGGUUCCUCAAGUGUGUCAGAGCUACAGGUGGAAGACUCACAAAUGGCGCCGAUGCCAAUUAGUCCCUUGGAGUGUGCAACAGGUCAUCCCUGGAGCACAGGAAGGCUGUGGGCCUGGACGACAGGCCAGAGCCAUUACUUGUCGAAAACAAGAUGGAGGGCAAGCUAGCAUCCACGAAUGUCUCCAGUAUGCGGGCCCUGUGCCAGCUCUGACCCAAGCUUGCCAGAUCCCCUGCCAAGAUGACUGUCAAUUUACCAGCUGGUCCAAGUUUUCUUCCUGCAAUGGAGACUGUGGUGCAGUUAGGACCAGAAAGCGCACCAUCGUUGGCAAAAGUAAAAAGAAGGAAAAGUGUAAAAAUCCCCAGUUGUAUCCCCUGAUUGAGACUCAGUACUGUCCUUGUGACAGUCACACUCUCCAGCCAGUGGGGAACUGGUCGGAUUGUAUUUUACCAGAAGGGAAGGUGGAAGUCCUGCUGGGAAUGAAAGUCCAAGGCGAUGUCAAAGAAUGUGGACAAGGGUAUCGCUACCAAGCAAUGGCGUGCUACGAUCAAAAUGGCAGGCUUGUGGAAACAUCCAGAUGUAACAGCCAUGGGUACAUCGAAGAGGCCUGCAUUAUCCCUUGUCCCUCAGACUGCAAGCUCAGUGAGUGGUCCAACUGGUCCCGCUGCAGUAAGUCCUGUGGAAGUGGCGUGAAGGUUCGCUCCAAGUGGCUGCGAGAAAAGCCUUAUAAUGGAGGAAGGCCCUGCCCCAAACUGGACCAUGUUAACCAGGCACAGGUGUAUGAGGUUGUCCCGUGCCACAGUGACUGCAACCAGUACAUAUGGGUCUCAGAGCCAUGGAGCGUCUGCAAAGUGACCUACGUGAAUAUGCGGGAAAACUGCGGCGAAGGCGUGCAAACCCGGAAAGUGAGAUGCAUGCAGAAUACACCAGAUGGUCCUUCCGAACACGUGGAAGAUUACUUCUGUGACCCUGAAGAGAUGCCCCUGGGCUCUCGAGAGUGCAAAUUACCUUGCCCUGAGGACUGUGUGAUAUCUGAAUGGGGUCCCUGGACCCGAUGUGUUUUGCCUUGCAAUCAAAGCAAUUUCCGGCAAAGGUCAGCUGAUCCCAUCAGACAACCUGCUGAUGAGGGAAGAGCCUGCCCCAAUGCUAUUGAGAAGGAACCCUGUAAUCUGAACAAAAACUGCUACCACUAUGAUUAUAAUGUAACAGACUGGAGUACAUGUCAGCUGAGUGAGAAGGCUGUGUGUGGAAACGGCAUUAAAACAAGAAUGUUGGAUUGUGUUCGAAGUGAUGGCAAGUCGGUUGACCUGAAAUACUGUGAAGAGCUUGGCCUGGAGAAGAACUGGCAGAUGAACUCUUCCUGUGUUGUGGAAUGUCCUGUGAACUGUCAGCUUUCUGAUUGGUCUCCUUGGUCAGAAUGCUCACAAACAUGUGGUCUCACAGGGAAAAUGGUCCGAAGACGAACGGUGACCCAGCCAUUCCAAGGUGAUGGGAGACCUUGCCCUUCCACGAUGGAACAGACCAAGUCAUGCCCAGUGAAGCCAUGUUACCGUUGGCAAUAUGGCCAGUGGUCUCCAUGUCAAGCGCAGGAGGCCCAGUGUGGAGAAGGGACUAGAACAAGGAACAUUUCUUGUGUAGUGAGUGAUGGAUCAGCUGAGGAUUUCGGCAAGGUGGUGGAUGAGGAAUUCUGUGCUGACACUGAACUCAUCGUAGAUGGUAAUAAGAACAUAAUUCUGGAGGAAACUUGCACCCAGCCUUGUCCAGGUGAUUGCUACUUGAAGGAUUGGUCUUCCUGGAGCCUGUGUCAGCUGACCUGUGUGAAUGGGGAGGAUCUAGGCCUUGGUGGAAUACAGGUUCGAUCCAGAGCAGUUAUUAUACAAGAACUCGAGAAUCAACAUCUAUGUCCUGAGCAGAUGUUGGAAACAAAACCAUGUGAUGAUGGACAUUGUUAUGAAUACAAAUGGAUGGCCAGUGCUUGGAAGGGCUCAUCUCGAACUGUCUGGUGUCAGAGGUCAGAUGGUGUAAAUGUUACAGGGGGCUGCUUGGUGGUGAGCCAGCCUGAUGCUGACAGAUCUUGCAACCCACCCUGUAGUCAACCCCACUCAUACUGCAGUGAGACAAGGACAUGCCGCUGUGAAGAAGGGUACACUGAGGUCAUGUCUUCCAAUAGCACCCUGGAGCAAUGCACACUUAUCCCAGUGGUAGCCAUACCCACCGUGGAGGAGAAACGAGGAGAUGUGAAAACCAGCCGCGCAGUGCAUCCCACCCAGCCUACCAGCAACGCAGCUGGCCGGGGAAGGACCUGGUUUCUACAGCCAUUUGGGCCAGAUGGAAGACUAAAGACCUGGGUUUAUGGUGUAGCCGCUGGGGCAUUUGUGUUGCUCAUCUUUGUUGUCUCCAUGAUUUAUCUAGCUUGCAAAAAGCCAAAGAAACCCCAAAGACGACAAAACAACCGACUGAAACCACUAACCUUAGCUUACGACGGAGACGCAGACAUGUAACAUGUAACUCUUCCUGGCAACAACCAGUUUUGGCUUUCUGACUUUGUAGUACCUAUUGAGAGGUCACCUUGGCACUAUCUGACUGUGCAGAUUAUAUUUCAUUUAAACUUUGAUCAAAGAGUAUCCUAAAGAAUGAAAACCAUACUGCCAAUGGGAAUAGUCAAGCCUGUACCACUUGCAUACAGAUCAUCAUCCUGGCAUUUCUAGGAUCCUUAGUUCAAUACAUGUUGAAUCUUGAAAGUUUUGUGUCACUUUUUCUGCAAUCCACCAACUGAAGAGUUACUUUCAUCUCUGAAAAGAUACUGGUGAAACUGGUCAGCAAGACUGCAGUACUAAACUAACGCACAGAACUUUCUAGCAUGGAGCGUCUAUAGUGAGAGUUCUAAAGUACUAUAGUCAAGCAUAACAACAUGUAUAUUCAAUUGAAUGCUACACAUAAUAAUAUCAUAUUAUGUAUUAUCAUAAGCAAUCUUCACAGUAAAGAUGGAUAACCUCCAAGCUGAGCAGAAAAACCACCAAACAAAUUCCGCAUCUUUCUGCUUGAUGAUAGCUGCUAUUGAACUGUAUUUCAGAGACAAAGACUCUUUUAUGAGACUUCACUCUUGUCUCGGUUCAAUGUACAAAGCUGGAUAUGGUACUAGUACUUGAAAAGCAGAAGAGUCCUCAAGUUCAGUAUUUUAUAGUGGUUUAUUGUCUGGAAAGCUAAUUGUGUUGCUACAUUCCUACUUCCCCUAAUUUUCAAACUGGUUGCCUGCAGUCUUUUUUGCUGUAUAAAAGGCACAUUUUUUUGCACUAUAUUAGUGCAAUACGAUAGGCACCUAAUCAGUGUUGAUCAUAGAAACUGCCUCUUUCCAUAAGGGAUGAACAGCUGUGCCAGUACCAGGGAGACAUUUGUUCAGUUCCU